CCAUCUUCCGUACGUGCGGGGGCGUUCUCUCUUGUGCUUACUGUCUCCUCCCGAGGCUGUGAUCACCCCCUCUCUCCCCCCUACACUCCCUCAUUCAGGGUAUCUCGUCUUGUUAUGCAAAAGAAUUGUUAAAGAGCACAGGGAGUGAUGACCUCAGAAUACCUCGUAGCUGACCCCGUGAUGCCGUCGGUCACAAGACCUUAAGUGUCGCGACGUGACUCGAGUCGGACUGGUGGGGCUUUUGUGCGAGUGCUUCUAACGUGUUGGUGGAGCCGCGGCGAGGAUUAGCCGUGUUCGACCUGCGUGCAUGAAAUAGUCCGUCAGGACAUGUGAAGCGCGGGGAACAAUGCGGGGUCAAGGCUAGCAGCGAGGGAGGGCCGCCGAGCGAAGGAGCGAGCAAGCGACAACGAGACCUUGGGGAGAGAAUCAGGAACACAUUGGUCAUGCCCCGCCGCGAGCACGAGGCGUACAGUCUCUCCCGCCGCAGCUCAACACGCGCCUACAGCAAGUGAUGAGCGCCGAUAUUGGCCUCACUAACACACACCCUUCAGCCAGUGGAGCGUCCAGUGCUGGUGCUGCUGCGUGCCCGAAUGCGACUCAAGGAUAUUUAGUGACGCAAGACUCGCUGGAAACUGGUACCGGCAACGGCGUACUCUGUCGGGAAUCGUCCUUCUCCGAUAGUCUGGAAGAAAGCAGCGCCAGUGAUAGUUUGUUUUGCGUCAACGGCAGUGUGUCUGAUAUCUGUUCGCCCGAUACUGGGAACGAGUUUAGUGACAGUUUGGAAGAGUCUUGUAGUGAUUCUGAUUUGACUGAGUACGUCGACAGUGAUACGGGUUCCUUUUAUUCGGUCCACUCUAACCUGACGACUCGAGGUGGUGACAGUAGCUUUUCGCUGGAAGAGACCGAGUACCCCAGUGAAACUACCUUGUACAAUUCGACCCGGUCCGUCCACACCGCGUUCAUAUCAAGUGCCUCUUCCUUCGGGAGCUUCGGCACUCCGCGGUCCGAGCUGAGCCUCGCCAGCGUCCCCGGCCAUCGUAACAGUUUCUGUGCCCACGCCAGUCAGCGGCGGUCCCUCGAGGCGCGGUCAGUGAGCGAAUCGUCGUGGGAGUACGCCAGUUGCCCCGACCUCUUGCACACGCAACUCAGCCUCACCUCACCUCCCCCUGACCGCAACCGCAAGCCCUUCGUGGCCUCGGCCUCCUGCGCUAACCAUCUCGGAGGAAGAAGGGCUGCUCGUUUGUCUCAAGGGAUACCCUCGGCGGUGAGUUCGGACAGCAUGAGUGCUAUCGACGGCGCUCCUUCCCCCAAGCUGGGCGAAGACGGGGACAAGAAGAAGAAGGGACUCAUGUCAUCCUUCCGCAAGAGCCGCAAGACGAGCAGGAAGCUUCGCCUGCAGAAGAAGGCGGGCGACACUGACAGCAUCUCGUCUUCGGUGUCGGCCGUGACCAGCGACGGUGAGCCGGAAAUGGGUGAUUCGGAAGCCAGCGCCCCCAACAGUCCCCUCCCCGUCAAGAACGACUUAAUCAAAGCGGAGAAAGAUGAUGAUGAUAAAGGGGAGGAUGCUAUUGACAAUAUGGACAGCCACCAGGCCACCCACGAGAGGCUCAACGGCUCCUCCUCCCCUAAGGACUCGGCCGCCAGCAGCAUGAACUCCUCGCCGGCUGUCUCGAAGAAGCUGAACGACGCUAAGAAAGCCGCUGACGAGAAGGAGGAAAGGAAGAAGGAAAAGAGCAAGUUCGGCUUCUUGUCUCGCAAGGAUACCAAGAAGCAAAAAGCCGAACAGAAGGCUCCCGUUGAGUCCGAGGCCUUGCUCGCCAACACGGACCCUGAUACGACUUCCCAGUCGUCGAGCAUCAAGGAGGAGAAGGACGAUGGCAACGAUGAGGCCGCAGACGCAGUUUCUCCGCCGAAUUCUUCUCCAGAAGCCUUCGAGAAGGCCGAGGACCCCUCUCCGGCCCCCGAGGCAGCUUCCUCACCGCCCGCCGAGACACGCAGCUCGUCCUUCCGCUCGUACAUCUCUUCCGUUCAGUUUGUCAAGAACUGGACAGGAAGCGGCGACGCGAGAGGGAGCGUGGAUGCUCCCGAUUCUAAGGACGUGAAACCGGCCAAGCCAGCGAUUGCCGAGGAAAAUGACGCCAAGAAAACGUCAUCGCCCAAGUCUCCAGCAAAUGAGGCAGGUGCAAGCACAGACAAGCGCGAGCACCUGUACAAGAUCCUGGUGAUUGGCGAACUGGGAACCGGGAAAACGUCCAUAAUCAAGCGCUAUGUCCACCAGUUCUUCAGUCAGCAUUACCGGGCCACCAUCGGUGUCGACUUCGCUCUCAAAGUCCUUAACUGGGAUAGCAAUACAGUCAUCCGUCUGCAGCUCUGGGAUAUUGCAGGCCAAGAGCGCUUUGGAAACAUGACUCGGGUGUACUACAAGGAGGCCGUGGGAGCCUUCGUUGUUUUCGAUGUGACUCGAGCCCAGACUUUCGACGCCGUGACCAAGUGGAAGACGGAUCUGGACACGAAAGUCACCCUCGCGGACGGCUCUCCCAUCCCUGCCGUUCUGCUUGCUAAUAAGUGUGACCAGCCCAAGGAAGGGGUCGUAAACAAUCCUGCCCGAAUGGACGACUACUGCCGAGAGCGAGGCUUCAGUGGAUGGUUCGAGACUUCUGCCAAAGAGAACAUUAACAUCGACGAAGCAUCACGAUUUCUUGUUAACAAGAUUCUAAGCAACGAAAAGCAGGGAAUGAUGAUGACUGAAUCCCUGGACACCGACAAGUUCUCCAUCGACGGGAAGGUCAACCCAGCCGAGAAAGCCGGUUGCCGAUGCUAGAGGAAACCAGAAGCUGAAUUCCCACCCACGCUUAGAAGUACUGCGGUGUCCUUUAUAGAAUGAUUACGCUACUGUGUACAUUUCCAUUCGCUGAGAUGUUUCUGCCCCCAGAGCAGGUAGUGAGAAGAGACGAGGUGUGUGUUGUUUAUGGUGAAUAGGAUACAUUGAGGUUGCAGGAAUAUCUCACUUAUUCAUAUAGUGAGAUAGAGGGGUGGGGAGUGAUCACGUUAUGGCACUUGCAUUAUGAUGUGAUAUCCUUUUUUGUCUUCUUAAUUUUUGAAUAGGAAGCGAUAGGAUUAUCUGGACUAUUGGUAAUACUCAAUGAAAAUAGGAGAAAAUGUUAAGAAUAGGCAACUUGGGCAUUAAUGUGUGUUUUGGCAGAGAUUUGGAUUGGAGACUUUCAUUUCUUUUGUUUUUUAUCUGUUUACGAAAAAAAAAAAAAAUGUUUGAGUGGUUCUGUUGCACAAGAUAAGUUGUUUUAUCUUUACUUUACAUAUUCAAGGAGAAUAUUAUGCAAUUCCAGACUUACUGAAGAUGCAUUCCGUUGUGUUCCCAGGUGAUUUACUUGAUUUCAGUUUCUUCAACUUCUUAUUUUUUCUCAAAAAUCAACUGCCAGUUGUUGAACUUGUACAUAAUAAGAUGAUAAUCAUUUUGUAUUAGACCAUCAUUGUCUCUCUUUUUGGUUUGCUUUCAAAAGUCAGAUUAUAACUUCUUUUUCAAAAGCUUUAAGUUCUGUUUUUGGGAUUUCUUAUUACUGAGUUGCAGAACAAAGACAAUAGUAUAUUUGGACAGACUACAUUUAAGAGAUCAAUUUGUAUAGAUUGUAAAAAGUGAUUUUAGAUUUUUGUUUUACUUAACUGAGUGCUGUAAGAGGUUUAUAAAAAACAAAAACAAAAGAAACUUGAACCUAAAUCAGGGUUUAGAGAGAAAUGGAGUGUCUCGCUGUUGUGCCAUAGAUUGAAGUAGAGUUAGGUACUCUUUCCAUCCAUUUUUUUAUACAUAGAACAUCACAACAGGAGCUUAUGCUGUGUAUCUCUUGCUUUCUCAUUUGAAAAGAUGAGAGUGUGAGGUGGAACUUUAUAUUGGGCAGUAGACUUCUGUUCAUAUCAAUAUAGUGCUUUCUGGACCAAUUCCUGUGAUACAUUAAUACUGUAAAGACUUUGCAGUGGUUCUUUUUAUGAAUAUGUUGAAUUAAGAAAGGUGACAUUUUACUUUCUUUUCUUUUCUUAUAUAGACGUGUUCAUAUAAAUAAUGCCAAUUGCACUUGAAUAUAUUAAAACUGUUUGACUAGAUCUGUAUGGGAGGAUAGUUUAUGUAGAAAGAGAAGACGCAUUGUUUUUUGUUAUAUCUUGUGGUGCUUUGUGACCAUGGAUGAUUAUUUUCUUUGUGUAAUUUCUUUCUUUUUUGGCUUUGAUAUAAGAGAAAGACCACAUUAAGAAAUGUAUGGACAUGAAAACAUUAGCAUUGUUAGAAAAUGAUGAACCAUCAAGGGGAUAUUUGUUUUAAAACAAGUGUUUUUGAAAAAAAAUAAUUUUGGGAAUUUUAAAGACCAUAAGUUUUUAUAUUCACCUAUAAACUGAGAUGUAUCAUGAGUGCAUUGACAUUACUUUUGGUCUUCCACUGAAUACAGCAAACAGAUUGAAUGUACAAGAAAUUCUUCAUUAUAAUGAUAAUGGUAUGUACAGUAUAUAUGUUACAAAAUAGAUGUAGCCAAAAAUGAUGUCCACCGUUAAAGAAAUCCAUUGCUCACCCAAUCACGUUUUAUGUACAGUAUCUCACAUUAUCUAUUUUCAUGUUACUGUAUUUAGUUUUGCAAAUAAAUUAAGGCCCGUCCUGAUGUAUAGAAAUACAAGCAUGUAGUAAAUGAAUAGCUGGUCCAUGUAUUAUAAGAGAACUCCCAAAUUAUAUAUAUAUAUAUAUAUAUAUA